AGCGCUUUGUGAACAAACUUUUUUAAGUAACAAACAACAUCAAACUUUAACAGUUAAACUUUGCGACAGAAAGAGAAUUAAAAAAAAUUAAUAUUUAAAAGUAAUUUACUUCAAUCUCAAAAAUGGCGAUGAUUGCAACGGAUAUCAAGGGUAUGCUGUCGGUAAAAAUAAAACCGCGAAACGACACAUACACCGAUCAGUACAAUCGCAUUUUCAUGGUAAAGAUUUUACUCGUUACUUGCGUAAUUAUGGGAAUAAGCUGGUUCAAUGACUCUGUUAAAUGCUUAGUACCAGGGGUCAACGCCGUCGAUGGCGGAUUUGUUUCGCAAGCUUGUUGGAUACAAGGGGUGUAUGUAUACAAGGAGUUAAUGUACAGAUCAAGCGAGGUUGGUUAUUUUGGUAUUCCUAAAGACAUGGACAAUGAUGGUAUGCUUGCUUCUGGAGAAUUAUGUUCGACUACGCCUAAAUUUGGGGUUGUCAAUGAUAAAUGCAAGCCAAUGCAGAAAACAUUCUUUUUACAGUAUCAAUGGAUGCCUUUUUUAAUUGCUGCGUUGUCCAUACUCUAUUAUUUGCCUUACAUUGGCUUUCGUUCGGCUAACAGCGAUCUUAUCAGUCUUAAAAAUACUAUUAAAGGUGGAACAGCUAAUGCUGAAAAAAUUGCCAAAAACUUCUUUGACAGACAUUCAAACCCAUCUCGCAAUAUGACAUUGAGAGUGGUGUUCAAUAUUUUAAUUAAAGUAUUGUACAUUGUUGCCAACUUGGUGGCUUUUUUGGGCCUCGAUAAUCUUCUUAAUGGCGAAUUUGUCUCCUACGGUAGCAAAUGGGUUUCUUGGGCAAAACUUGACAACGCAGUUGCUUACGAUUAUAUGGGAAAAUACGAUCAACCAAAACCUGGAAAUGUUUUGCUUCCACCUUUUGGAUACUGUGAAAUGUAUGAAUCUUCAAAGGACAUUAAGCACAGCACUGCAAACAAGCAUAAGUUAAUAUGUGAACUUUCACAAAAUAUUCUUUAUCAAUACAGUCUUGUUAUUGUUUGGUUUGCAAUUGUGUUUGGCAUCGUUAUCUCCGUUAUUGGUUUAAUUCUUCUACUUGUAUCCUAUGCCGUUAAUAUGUUUGGAGCAAAAGAUAAUUAUGGCGGAAAAAAAAUCAGAUCACUUACAUUACGCGAACGUGAAUACUUAGAGUUUAUCCAAAAGAAAAACCCCAUUCUGUAUCGUGAAGUAUUGGAAUGCUUACACGAUGGUAACGAUACGCUACCCCUCUAUCCUCAGGCUGAUCGAUAUAACGAGAAAGGAGCUGGUUACCAGUUAUAAUGUUAAAUGGUAGCGUUAACUAAUAAUUUAAACUGUAACCUAUAACUUUACCCUGUAAUAUUUACAUUUCUGAAAUUUUUCUUUUAAAUAAUUUUGAUAAUUAACAUUGACAUUUUUAUAGUUUUUGGUACAAUGAUUUAUACAAUAUUUGAUAUUUUCUAUAUUUGAUAUUUUUGUUACGUUUUCGUGAACAUUUUAAAACAAAACUGCUUUGUAUAUUUCUAUUAUAAAUUGUGCUAAUGUGUCGCAUUGUAUAUUGAGUUUUUAUAAGAUUUUUAAAAUUGAAAAAAACUCAGCAAUCGGUA